UUGUCAUUUAAUGUACUACAUGCGCUAUUAUCUGCAUCUCGUUAACGUAAGUUCUAUGACAUCUCGUUAAACUCGACAAUCCGAAGCAAUUUACUUUGCACCCGCUAAGAGCAAGAGCUACGGCAAUACGAUGAACAAUUUCGAUAAGUUGAGUUUAUGCGAAUUUACAGCGAGUCGUCCAUUGACAGAUCGAAAACACGAGCGCACAACAUCUCAAACUGUGGUCUACAUCGAUUAGAAAGAAUACUCCUAAUAUCAUCGUUUCAUUGUUGCUCAUUCCUAGAGCCUUAUGUCAUGCUCAUCAGUGCGCUUUACAAUAUUGCACCACUUGUUUUUCUUUUCUCGCCAUUCGCGCAGCGUCAGGCACGUAACAAUCUGUCGUGAGGCUGUCCCACGAUUGCGCAUCAGAUGUUUGAGCUGCCGCAAACAGAAUCUGUGCAGAUACCUUACCAGCGGCAUUGCAGAUAGGCAUUUUUGGAUUUUCUACCCAUACCCAAAAUAUUUCCAUCAGUAUAUAUCUUGUAAACGUGACGAUUCAGAUCCCUCAAGUAGCGUGUAAAGGUUGUUUUCGUUUUGUAUACCGACAAGCAUGAGUAGAAACCUUUCGAUUUGUUGACUAAACAGACUGAAUCUUUUUCAUUUCAAUGUCCUGGUCUAGCAGUCUUCUCCCAAAAGUACUCGCUAUACAUGAAUGCUGUUAAUACUUCGUACUAAUCUGUACGUAUAUAUAUGUGGAUGCCACUUGCAUCCUCGUAUUCUCUUGUCUUUUACUAUCUUCAACGAUACAUGGUCGAAUAUAAGUGAUGUAUCACACACACAGGUGAUAUCCACAAAUCGUCAACGCACUUACAAAACAAAGGUUUUCCACGCGUCCUUUCUUCCGGAUAUUCCCCUUCUUCCGGACAAACGAAGUUGGUGGAGCUGCACAGUCUGAAAUUUGCCACGCAUCGAACGCAUCAAGGCACUGAUGACGACAUUGUCCGACAGUAACGAUCUUGUCUCUCUAUUCUCGGAUGACGGUCUUCUUCCUCGAUUUAAUCAAACUGUGUACCCAUCCAACACUGAGUGGUCAGACGAUUUGACGAUCACUAACGACGACCUU